ACACUUACAGUCGCGAUGCGCGGUAGGAACGGACGGUUGAACGGAACGGACGGACGGACGGACGGACGGACGAAACUGUUUCCACGAUGGAAUCAUAUCGGCACGCGUGCAGAACUUCCCCGCACACGCAACGCGCAGGUGUCGGUGUGCGUUGUUACUCUUACUACACCAGGAUCCCAGCCUCGUGUCGCAGACGCAGAAAGGAGCUCCGAAUCCGACGAAUCGCGGUCCGAAUCGCGGUCCGAAUCGCAGUGCGAGGAUCGAUGUCGAAUUACGGGAAAUUCUAAUUUCGGAGUCUCGCGUUGUGAGUGGCUGAGCUGCGCCUUCCCCUUCAGUCCCUCUUGCCAGGAGUACACUCCACGCGUCCCUGUGAAUCCCACUGCCUGCCGCUACCCCCCCUCCCCUUCUACUUCCCCGCAGUCUUUCCUUCUGGUAUUUAACGCGGCAUUUCCGCCGACUUCGAACCUCACCGAAUACCACUCAAUCCUGCUCGCUUUUGUCAACUCAUCCUACCAUCCUUCGAUCCUGAACAGCAGACUGAGACAUUUGUUUCAACUCAUCCUCCCACCCACCUGAUCUCCAACGUCAGUUUAGACAUUCAUUUCUACGUCAACUGGAGCAUCAGCGAUUCUCUCAGGCCAUCCUUUUAAAAUUCUCUGAGGCAAAUUCCACCGUGCUGCGCCUCAUUCCCGCCUGCGCCCAGUGCGGGAGCCAUUAUUCUCGAUUAGUGCAGCAGCCACCAUGCCGCCCAUGACAAUCCUACCUCCUCCGCGUCCGCUCCUCCUCCUCCUCCUCCCGCUGCUGCUGCUCUCCGCCGCGCAUCUCUCUCUCCCCGCGCGCGCGCAGGAGUGCUCCGCCUCCGUUCCUUGCGCCGACAACCUCUGCUGCAGCAAGUGGGGCUGGUGCGGCUCCACUGACGAGUACUGCGGCGCUGAAUGCCAAUCCGGGCCCUGCACUGGUUCUGGUUCCGACGUGCAGUGCGGAGCAGGGAACGGCGGCAGCGUGUGCCCCGACGGUCUCUGCUGCAGCGAGUGGGGCUGGUGCGGCUCCACCGACUCCCACUGCGGCUCCGGCUGCCAGUCCCAAUGCUCCGGGACCCCUUCCCCUUCCCCUGAUCCCCCUCCCUCCGGAUCCCCUUCCCCUCCUCCCCCGACGUCGGACCCUCCACCAACUGGCACCCCGCCCCCGUCUGGUCUGAACCGCAUGGCGUACUUUGUCAACUGGGCGGGCAUGGACCCAUCUGCCGUGCCUGCUGCCUCGCUCACACAUGUCUUCUACGCCUUUGCUAGCGUCGACGCCACCACAUACGAGGUGGUCCCAUCCGACCGUGCUGUGGACGUCGACCAGGGCCUCUACCUGAGCUUUAACUCCGCCCUUAAGACCGCCAACCCGUCACUUAAAACCCUCCUCUCCAUCGGUGGCUACUCUGCCGGCACCAAUGUCUUUGUCAACGCCGCCUCCUCCGAAUCCUCCCGCUCCGCUUUCAUCCAAUCCGCAAUCUCCCUCGCCCGCACUUACAACUUCGACGGCUUAGAUCUUGACUGGGAGUACCCCACGGGCCAGGCUUCCCUCUUCUCCGCCCUGCUCACCGAUUUCCGGGCAGCAAUCGAAUCCGAAGCUGGUUCGUCAGGGAAACCGAAGCUCCUUCUUUCCGCAGCGGUAUCCUGCUACGAGCCGACCAUCAACGACGCCUACGAGGUUCCGAUGCUUGACAAAACCCUGGACUUUGUUAAUGUGAUGACGUACGAUAUCCACGGGUCGUGGGAGCUGAAGACAGGCAUGCAGACUGCUCUGGAGGAUCCAAGCAACCCGCAGCUCAGCCUCAAGGGCGCCAUGGCUGCCUGGAUCACCCGAGGUUUGUCCCCAAGCAAGGCCAUGCUAGGCUUGGCGAUGUAUGGCCGAACCUGGACUCUUGCCUCGACGAGUGAUACUGGGGUUGGAGCUGCUGCCACUGGUGCUGGUCAGGCUGGGCCCAUCAGUCAGGAACCUGGCAUCCUCUUUUACGAGGAAAUUGAGCCGCUGGUAACCACUGGAGGUUACACGGCUACACUUGAUACCCCGUCGUCAUCCAUGUAUGCGGUGAACGGUGACCAGUGGGUUGGUUACGACGACCCUUCCACCAUCACCACCAAGGUUAACUAUGCCAAGGCGGAAGGCUUUGGAGGGUGGUUCUUCUGGGCUUUGAGCCAAGAUGCCAACGAUGCCUUGGUCAAUGCUGCAGCGGCUGCAUGAGAUGAUACUUCAAGACGAGUGUCCAAGAGCUGAAAGUGGUAUGGGAGAAUAGUGUCAAACAUAUAUUAUUUUUGUAUAGACUGUACAGGUUUGUGCCUUAUAGGUUAUACUCCCUUUUACUCUCCCAUUCAAAGCCUCUUUUCGAGCAUAGCUUACUGUGCUACCUUGAAUGCCUCUGCUUGUUCGGAGGGGGGAUUUGACAAGCUU